CAGAAAAGAGAAUUACAGCCCUAAUGAGGCUUCAUCCUUGCCAGAGCACUCUCAAGAAAAUGCAGGUUCAAACAAAGCCCAGAAGAAGCCCAAGAAAGCCCCUUAACAAAGACCAUAGCCUGGUAGGGUUGCCUUUAGUUUUCAUCAUCAAAUAGGGAGAAACAACCCAACGUUAUUUUUCUGUCAAAUAGUCGAAGUUUCCAGCGUCAACGUAACUUCCCACAAAAAGGAUGAACACUGCACUUCCCGUAUCAAAGCACUCCAAACUCCGCCGCCUCCUUAAACCCCUACCGGCAUCCUGUCUCCUCUACCGUCACCUCUGCACCGAACCAAACCCCCAACCACCUCCACUGCGACUGCAAGACAAGGAAUCAAAAGUCGCCCAAGCAAUUCAACUCCUCGUCGAAACGCCACACCAAGAAUGGUCCUCUUCUCAACCUUUACAAUCUCUCCUCUUUUCUUCUCCUCCUCCAUCUCCUCUCUUUCUCUUCAAAAUUACUCGCAGCCUUCCUUCCUCUUUUCACGCCCUCAAUUUCUUCAAACACCUUCAACAAAACUUGUCAUCUCAAGACACCCAGUUCCUCUCUUAUUCAUUCCAAGCCCUUCUCGAACAAACGGGUCGAGAACCCGAUGCAGCAUCCCGGUUAUCUGAACUACAUCAAGCUUCGAAAGAAUGGGGAGUUCCUCUAACUGUCAAGGCCGCCGCGUUUCUUAUUCGCUACUUCGGGAGACUCGAAAUGGUUGACAAAUCUGUUCUUGUUUUUAACGAACUCGUCCCUUCUCUUAGAAACACGCACGUUCGCAACGUUUUGAUCGAUGUUUUAUUAAGAGAUAGUCGUUUUGACUACGCGAUGAAUGUGCUUGAUGAAAUGCUUCAACCGAUAUCCGAGGUUCCGCCGAAUGAAAUUACUGGGGAUAUUGUUUUUAACGCGUUGGUCAAGAGAGGCAGGAAAGGGAGGAACUUAAGCGAGGAAGAUUUGAUUAAGUUGGUUUUACAAUUUGGGAAACAUAGUGUUUUUCCAAAGACAAAUUGGCUGACCCAAUUGAUUUCUGGAUUAUGUAGGAGUGGGAAAUCCAAUCAAGCUUGGAAUGUUUUGCAUGAACUGCUGAGACUGAGAGCGCCUCUUGAAACUCCUCCUUUCAAUGCAAUUUUGACCGGGUUAGGGAGGAGUGGAGAUGUUAAAAGAAUGAAUACCGUUAUGGCUGAGAUGAAGGAGAGUGGUAUUCAGCCCGAUGUUGUAACUUUUGGGAUUCUUAUUAAUCAGUUAUGUAAGUUACGGAGGGUUGAUGAGGCGAUGAAGGUGUUAAACAAGUUGGGUGAAGGAAGCGGGAGUGAUGGUGUUACAGUUGAAGCUGAUGUUAUUAUUUAUAAUACUUUAAUCGAUGGACUUUGUAAAGUGGGGAGGCAAGAAGAAGGGUUGCAGUUGAUGGAGCGGAUGAAGUCCAUGAAGGGUUUGGCACCAAACACAGUUACUUAUAAUUGCUUGAUUGAUGGGUUUUGUAAAGCUGGAGAGAUUGAGAGAGGAAAGCAGUUGUUUGAUCAGAUGAAUGAAGAGGGGGUUUCACCUAAUGUGAUAUCUCUUAAUGUAUUGGUGGAUGGUAUGUGCAGACACGGGAGGAUCAGUAGUGCACUUCAGUUCUUCAGUGAUAUGCGGGGGAAAGGACUAAAGGGCAAUGCGGUUACUUAUACUACACUAAUUACUGCUUUCUGUGAUGUUGACAAUAUGGGUAAAGCUGUUGAUCUGUUUGAUCAAAUGUUGACAAGCGGAUGCUUUGCAGAUGCCGUUGUUUACUAUAGCUUGAUCUCUGGAUUUUGCAAAGCUGGAAGGAUGGAUGAUGCCAGCAAUGUUUUGUCAAAGCUGAAAGAAGCCGGGUUCCGCCCUGACAUUGUAUGCUACAAUUCUCUUGUUAGUGGGUUCUGCAAGAAGAAGAAGGUAGAUAAAGCUUAUGAAAUCAUCAAGGAAAUGGAGGAAGCAGGAAUGGAGCCUGAUGGUGUUACGUAUAACACUUUGAUUGCUUAUUUUUGCAAAGCUGGGGAUUUUGCAGUUGCUUGUAGGAUGAUGAAACAGAUGAUUGAGGCAGGUCUUGUCCCUACUAUUGCCACAUAUGGAGCUCUUAUACAUGCAUACUGCAUAAAUGGAAAAUUUGAGGAAGCCAAGAAGCUUUUCAAAGACAUGAGUUCCGUAUCAAAGGUUUCACCAAACACCAUAAUAUACAACAUUCUCAUAGAAUCUCUGUGCAAGAAUAACGAUGUCAACUUCGCACUCUCUCUGAUGAAUGAUAUGGAAGCAAAGGGAGUGAAGCCCAAUACCAACACAUUCAAUGCAAUGUUUAAAGGUCUUAAGGAGAAGAAUUUGUUAGAAGAUGCCUUUAUAUUGAUGGACAGUAUGAUUGAGCAUGCUUGCAAUCCAGACUAUAUAACCAUGGAGAUUCUCACUGAAUGGCUUUCUGCUGUUGGUGAAUCAAAAAAAUUAAAAAGCUUCGUACGAGGAUGCAAGGUUUCUACCUCAACUGCAUAGAAUGGCUGCAAGAUGAGGAUUGUGUUAUUGGAUUUUUUUUUUUUUUUUUGUGGCUUGAUUUGAUGAUUUGGCCAUUGUCAGAGCUCGGAAGAAAUCAGAAAAAUGGCUCUGUUUUUGCAGCCUACAGAUUUUUGUUCACGCUAUAAUGGCAGGCAGCAGCGCUUCACCUGAACUUGUAGUUGAAUUAGCCGCUUGAGCCUGCAAUUAUCUGUCAUUGUUUCACCGGCGGAUUCCACCAACUCUGGAACAACCAAACAGUGAGGCUUACAUUGUAUGUGGCAAGUGGAUGUUCUUAAUUUUACAUUAUGCCGUGUAGCAUUGAAAAUUGAUUUCUUAAUAGUUCAUUUAUAACUGGCUUGUCAGAAUUUCACCUAUUAAACUGUUUGCUAUGCACAAUAGUUCCCUAGUGAGUAGUGACACUACGAAUUAUGAUUUACAUAAAAGAGAAGCUGGAUCAGAUGAGAUCAGGAAGCCAAACUUUGAACACAAUCCUGUUUUUGGCAUCUCACUGGUUUCUCAUUCUCCUUUUUCCGG